CCACCGUCGCUCCUCCGCUCACAUCCGCUCGACUCGCUAUCUGUGGUGGAAAAAGGACUUUGUGAAACUGCAGCGAUGUCAGUCCAGGUUGUGGCAGCGAAAAUGGCAGAGGUCGAACUCAAAGACGUCCCCACCGGCAAAGACUUACCGGCUGCAUCUCCAAUGACACCGACGUCAGACGGCAAGAGUCUCGGUAGGAACGACCCGCACGAGGCCGGUUCCUCUGCCGCUGUGUCCCCUACAGCGGAGCCCUCCGCGAAAGCCGGGGAAGGCAGCCUGGGCUUGCUCACCCCGAACACCGCGAAGAUGCCGCAGGCGUCGGCUAUGAAGCGGUCGGACCCUCAGCAGAACGGCGGAGAGGCUUUUGUCAACCGUGACGGUACCGUCGCCGAGGCACCGCGGAUGAAAAAGAUCCAGUUUGCCGACCAGAAACAGGAAUUCAACAAGCGUCCCUCCAAGAUUGGCCGGCGCUCUCUUUCCCGCUCCAUCUCCCAGUCCUCCACAGACAGCUACAGCUCAGCGGCGUCAUACACGGACAGCUCUGAUGAUGAGACAUCUCCUCGGGACAAACAGCAGAAGAACUCCAAGGGCAACGGAGACUUCUGCAUCAAAAACAUCAAACAGGCCGACUUCGGCCGCAGAGAGAUCGAGAUCGCCGAGCAAGAGAUGCCAGCCCUGAUGGCCCUGAGGAAGCGAGCCCAGGGGGAGAAACCCCUUGCUGGUGCCAAGGUGGUGGGCUGCACCCACAUCACGGCCCAGACUGCUGUACUGAUGGAGACUCUGUCAGCUUUGGGGGCUCAGUGCAGAUGGGCAGCCUGCAACAUCUACUCCACCCAGAAUGAAGUGGCAGCUGCUCUGGCAGAGGGAGGUUUCAGCGUAUUUGCAUGGAAGGGCGAGUCAGAGGACGACUUCUGGUGGUGCAUCGAUCGCUGUGUCAACGUGGAGGGCUGGCAACCCAACAUGAUCUUGGAUGAUGGUGGAGACCUGACUCACUGGAUUUAUAAAAAAUACCCCAACAUGUUCAAGAAGAUCAAGGGCAUUGUGGAGGAGAGCGUCACCGGUGUGCACAGGUUGUACCAGCUGUCUAAGGCAGGGAAGCUGUGUGUCCCAGCCAUGAACGUCAAUGACUCUGUGACCAAGCAGAAGUUUGACAACCUCUACUGCUGCAGGGAGUCCAUCUUGGAUGGCCUGAAGAGAACCACUGAUGUCAUGUUUGGAGGCAAACAGGUGGUGGUGUGUGGAUAUGGAGAGGUUGGAAAAGGCUGCUGUGCUGCCCUGAAAGCAAUGGGCUCCAUCGUCUACGUCACAGAGAUCGACCCUAUCUGUGCCUUGCAGGCCUGCAUGGACGGCUUCAGGCUGGUGAAGCUGAAUGAAGUCAUCAGACAAGUGGACAUCGUCAUCACCUGCACAGGCAAUAAGAACGUGGUGGUGAGAGAGUACCUGGACCGCAUGAAGAACGGCUGCAUCGUCUGCAACAUGGGACACUCCAACACUGAGAUCGAUGUGGCGAGCCUGCGGACCCCUGAGCUGACCUGGGAGAGGGUGCGCUCUCAGGUGGACCACGUCAUCUGGCCAGAUGGCAAGAGGAUAGUGCUGCUGGCUGAGGGUCGCCUGCUGAACCUCAGCUGUUCCACUGUGCCCACUUUUGUUCUGUCCAUCACUGCCACUACCCAGGCUCUGGCUCUGAUAGAGCUGUACAAUGCCCCAGAGGGACGCUACAAGCAGGAUGUUUACCUGCUGCCCAAAAAGAUGGAUGAGUAUGUGGCCAGCCUACAUCUGCCUACAUUCGAUGCACAUCUGACAGAGCUGACCGACGAGCAGGCCAAGUAUCUGGGCUUGAACAAGAACGGGCCCUUUAAGCCAAACUACUAUAGGUAUUAAACCAGUGUUGGGGUUGGACUUUGACCAAAUACCAAUACUCCAUGAAUCGCACAGACUCACAGAGGGAGAGGAGGAGGAUGAGGAAGACAGAACGGAGGACAGAAAAGUCAACACACCUGCUUUAUAUUCGGGGGGGGGGGCUGGCUCUGACUGAGCCCUGAAGGAGAAGGGGGUUUGCGGGGGGGUGGGGUGGAUUUCCAUGCGCAUAUGGCAGUUUUAUUUAUUCACGCUUGACGACAACAACAAUAAUAAUAAUAACAUUAACUGUGUGGAGCUAGCAUCCGCCACUAGCUAGCUCCCCUGCGUCUUCUCCUGGGAGAUGCUUUGCUUCCCUCCCACUCGUCAUCACACACACCACCAUUAUCUCGUUCUCUUUAGACGCUCACUUGUGUGUCGAGUUGUAUGUAAACCCUCCAUCCUCCCUUCCCAUUGUCAGAUCUUUUAUUGUUUAACUAUUAAAGAUGAAAUUAUUGACGCUAAAAAGAUAUAUACUAUAUAAAAAAAAAAAAACUUGAUUAAAAAAAAAAUCUGUGUGAAUGAAGAUGAUCUUUGAAGAUUUAGUGACGGACACUUUUUCCUGUCCUUUUUUGUUGUUGUCUUUUCUUUUCUACUUGUGAUUAUGUUUUUGUUUUCUCUUGUGUAAUAUUUGCGAGGGCGGGGUUAGACCUACAUGAGGAGGGAAGGGGUUAGGCAGGAUCUCAGGGUCCAAUCAUAUCAUGUCUUUUAUUUGAUUGUUUCAUUGAAAUUCACUGUCUGUUUUUAAACAUUUUUUUAUUAUACGUUCUGUCCCUUUGGAUCAGCCGUCGUAACUUUUUUUUUUUUUUUUUUUUUUUUUUUUUUUUUUUUUUUUAGUAUGACUGGAUGGUGGCCGGUUCUUCCCACCUGUCACUCAAACCCACAGUGAAACCAUCUCAUUAGCUGCUUCUUUCUCAGCUUCCAGCUGCUCACAUGACGCCAGUGUUGAAGUCAUGAAAAGUAUUUCAAACUAGUGUGAGCUGACCUUUACAGUUUGUCUUUUCCUUUACCAAGAAUGACUAUACUGUAUUAGAAGCAUGGCAGGUUGUCAGAACAUUACAAGGGGUAUACUGUAUAUUUAGAUAUUUAUAUAGAAACUAAGAUUUUUCUAUCUUUUUCUCUCCUGCGCCAUCUAAUAUCAUAACUUUUGGAGAAAAAAAAAAAAUCAACAUGUCAUAAAGAUAAAGCAAUUAAAUGUUCUAAUGAUAAGUGUACAAAAUUUAACCUAACUUAAACCUUCAUUUUUAAUACUGUGACAAAAAAUGAUUACAGAGAUACCAAAUGUGCAGCAGGUUGUUGCCAGUCCAGUACUUAGGCAGAUUUCUUCAAUCAGGUCCUCUGUGAAAAGUAUGGUGCUGUCUAGAUUUACUACACUGACCAUACACAACACAACUCUUUGGUACUUACAGAUAAAGUCAAGGGGUUCAGCUUACAAAUCAAAUCUGGGAGUAGGUUCCACCAUGAUUUACUUUCUCUCCAUCCAAGAAACAAAUUUGUGUGCAUUUGCCUGUAAAGGGAUUUUUUUUUUUUUUCCCCCGUUUAUAAAAAAAAAAAAAAAAAAAAAAAUCUCCAAACUUGGCACGUCAGGCCUGAUUAUAUUUUAGUUUCUUCCUCCCCACACCUGAAAAGCUUUGAUCCUUUCGCUAUAAUGAGCUGCACGGCUGUCCCCAGCUGACCUGACGGUGGAAAUUAGAAAAUCCUGACAGUCAUUUCACCCGACAGGCCGGGUGCACCCUGCCGCUACCAGCUCUUAACUGCACCUGAACCAGUCAGAGUCUCUGUUAACCUGCUGGGAGAUGCUGCCGGCUCAACUCUCACAUAGUGGGAUCAAAUGCUUAAACACACAUGCACAGAAGCUUAUUAUCCAGGUCUGAAAAAAUUCACUCUGUAUGGAAAUGAAUUUGGUCACUUUACAUCAACAGGUGGAAAUAGCACAAAAAGCUUUGUUUACCAAUCAAAUAAAUACUGUUGCUAUAUUCAAGUAGCCUACAAAUAUGCCUACACAUUAUAUACCAUUUAGUUUUCGUGUGACAUUAUCAAAACCAAAUUCUUUACAGGAAUAGUUUGAUAUUCCAGGAGAUACACUUAUUUGCUUUCUUGUGAAUUGAGAAUAUUGAUACCACUCAUGUUAGGUACACUAAAUAUUUAUCAUGCGCCAGUUAGCUUAGCUUAGCAUGACGUUUGGAAAUCGAGGGAAAUUUCUCCCUGCCUCCAGUCUUUAUGUUAAGCUCCGAAAUAUCAAACUAUUCCUUUUUUAAAUUUGGUAAAAAAAAUCUAAUUCUAAAGAAACUGUAAAGGUGUGUAGGAACCUACUGCACACCCAUAACACCGCCAUGAAAUGACAAGAUCCAAUACUGUGUCACAGCCCAUAUAACCUCAACGUCACGCUAUUCCCUCCCAAUGUCUGUGCGUUUUCUCUGUCUCCUUGUGCUGUUGAGAGUCCCCUCUUAAAGUAGUGUGACCUGUUGUCAGUGUAGUUCUUAAGCCUGUUGUCUUAAGUCUUAAUUUUUUUCCCCCUUUUUGUAAGUGUGAAUGUGUGUAAGAGUAUAUUACCUCUUGAAAGAUGAGGUGAUUAUAGCUAGUGUGUGUGCGUGUGUGUGUGUGUGUGUAUGUGUAUGUGUCUUUACAUGUUUUUACACAUCCUUUCUCGUAGGCCAUGGUCGUUCAUUAACAGCUGCCUCAGGAUCCUAGCCUGUGCGUUAGGGGGAGAAACCUUUUUUGUUUUGUUUUGUCAGUUAUGAGCUGACCAACACAUGAGUGGGCGGGGGAAGACACCAGCAUCAUAUAUGUAUAUACAUACUAUAUGCAGAUAUGACAACCUUUAAAAGUAUAGGAUGGUAAAAGAAGAAUCAACUCCUGUAUUUAUUGUUGUAAAUCCUCAUACAGUGCAAACUGGCAAAAUUCUCAAACAUGUUUUAAGUUGUCUAAUAAAGAAAAAAAAAACCCUAUGUUUAAAUAUUGCAAGUGAUAAUAGUAGAUGAUGAGCAAUAAUAAAAAAUUCUGUAAUCUUAAUGAAUAAAGAUGUAAAAAUUGUAA